GUUUAACGCUAGAAUAAACGUAAUUGGCUACGCUCGGUCUAUGUGAUUGUGUUGGGAGAGAGAUCAAGCCACCUGCCUAACUAGUUAGGUAAAUCGGACCAGGUACAAGGAUGGAUCUUGUCCUGAAUGUUGCGGACCAGUACUUCUUUACUCCUUAUGUGUACCCUGCCUCCUGGCCAGAGGAUGAGGCUUUAAGGCAGAUCCUUGGCCUGCUGGUGGUAACCAACAUUGGGGCAGCUGUUUUAUACCUGGGCCUGGGCUGUCUCAGCUACUACUUUAUCUUUGACCAUAACUUGAUGAAACACCCUCAGUUUUUGCCGAACCAGGUACGAAGAGAGAUUAAGUAUGCCAUGAGUUCUUUGCCCUGUAUCAGCAUACCCACGGUGGCCCUGUUCUUUGCUGAGGUCAGAGGAUACAGCAAACUUUAUGACCGUGUCGACGACUUUGCGCUUGGUUGGCCUGGAUUGAUUCUCAGUAUGGUCUCCUUCUUGUUUUUUACUGACAUGUGCAUCUAUUGGAUCCACCGUUUUCUCCAUCACAGGCUGAUUUACAAGUACUUCCACAAGCCCCACCACGUGUGGAAAAUCCCAACACCGUUUGCCAGCCAUGCUUUCCACCCGGUGGAUGGCUUCCUGCAGGGCCUUCCCUACCACGUCUACCCCUUCCUUUUCCCCCUGCACAAAGUUCUCUACCUGGGUCUGUACGUCUUUGUCAAUAUCUGGACCGUGUCCAUCCACGACGGUGACUACCGGGUCCCCAGCCAGCUGGUGGAGGUCAUCAAUGGCUCCGCCCACCACACGGACCACCACCUCUUCUUUGACUACAACUAUGGGCAGUACUUCACCCUGUGGGAUCGAAUUGGGGGCUCCUACAGGUACCCCUCGGCUCUCCAGGGCAAGGGACCCCACGACUGCAUCAGGAAGCUUCUUGCGCAGGGAAAGCUUAGCAACGGCACCAAUGGUCACAUGGACAACAGCGACAAAGCCCAGAAGCAUGAGUAGUUUCCUAGUUUUCAUGCGGCCAUGAAGGACACCUCAUGUUCGUAAGACCCACACAAGUAAUUUGUUUGCCUUUAUACUGCGAGAAAUUAAUUACCAAGUAGAAUAGUUCUACUUCUGCUCUGUUGUUUCUCUGCCGUGUGUUUGCGUGAAUGUCAGGGUCGAUAAAUGGAUAUUAUUAAGAAAGAGAGCAAACAUUGUACACAGAACCGAGAAGCAAAAAUAUUUCAGAAUAAUGACACAGCCUUUUAGAAUAUAUCAGCCUGGUCAAUAUAUACUUUGAAAUGGUUGCAGUUUUCUUGUUUGCCAAAUAUCAUUUCAUAUUAAGAUUGCAUUGCCCUUGUUCAUUUUCUCCCUCCCUCUUUUCCAAGCUUCUUUGACAAAAGCAAUUUCCCUCAGAUUGUCUUGAUAACAGUAGCAGUCAUCACCAUCCAUAAUCACACUCUUCUAACGAUGAGCCAAAUGCAAAAACAGAUGGACCUAAACGAGAGACUACAGGGUGACUCAGGUCGCCUGUCGUCUUACUGUUGGCCUUGCUGGAGGGGCAUUGACGCCUGGGAAACAAUCCUUGCUUGUUUAUGACUGGCUCCAUUCCUUGCUUGUGAUUGAAAUGCCAAUAUUGUGAUGGUUUGAUUAUAGACUUUAAAAGUGAACUAAUAUGGGGGGAAAAUGCGUAGUCCAGUGUAAAUGUGAUCAUUUUGAACAGGUGCGCUACAACUCUUCUGCGGCUGUAAAUGCCAGAUGGUGAUCAAAGGUGCAAUAUUCACGUGCUGGGUCUUUUUUCCAUAGGGUGUCACAAUUGCCUGUUUAUCUAAUGUUAAUGAGAACUUCGAUGCAAAUUAAACCGCAUGCAAAUUAAACCGCACGCAGCAUUUAUGGGGACAAGCUGAAGGCAAAGCUGUGGUGAGUUGCUGUGAUGUGACGAUUUUAACACUAACUUGUAUGGCACCAAGUUGUCAUUUGAAAUGACAAAAAUGGGACAGAGUAUGGAAGCCUUUUUUUCAUUACUUGAAAAAAGCGGAACGUGCAUUCUAAAAGGAUUUUUAAGGUUGAUGUUUGUACAUGCUUCAACUGAUUUUCAUUUGAUGAUUGUUUUUGCUUUUAACUGCACAAAUGUGACUGAGCUGCUGUAAAAAGUAUUGUAGCCACAUCCCCUUGAAUGUUUUUUAUGGUAUUUUCUGUCAAAUAAAUCCAAAAGAAAAGAAAAAAAA